AUGAAAUAGUCAUAGGACAAAAUGGGGAACUCUGAAAGUCAAGAACCUCCAACACCAACGAAGCCAAAACCGAAGCUGCAUACCGAUCCUUGGAGAACACAUCAGUCUACAUACGAGACGUUGGUUUCUGAUAUUGAAGCUGUAAACACUGGAUGUCCUGCAAAUGUUUUACUGCUUGGUCCCACGGGUGCAGGAAAGUCAUCGAUUAUAAAUUCCAUUCUCUCUAUAGUUGCGAAGCGACGUGUCAAUAAAGCAUAUACUGGUAGCAAGGACACAAGUUUCACAACAACUUAUGAUCAAUACAAGGAUGAAGGAUUUAUGAAAAAUUGUUGUCUUUGGGACAGUAUGGGAAUUGAACAUGUGUUCGGAGGUGGCCUUUUGCUGGAUGAUCUAGUGUACCUUUUGAAGGGACAUGUAAUGAAAGGUUACAAGUUCAAUCCAAGAGCCAGGAUACAGGAAAAUGACCCUUGUUUUCGUCGCAAGCCAAAAGCCAAAGACCGGAUCCAUUGCGUCGUUUUUGUUUUGGAUUCAACUAUUGUUAAUGAAAGUGGACUUGGUCCGUUCAUGCCGAAGAUUAGAGUGUUACAAGAUGGAACUAAAGAUUUAAAUAUUCCUGCCGUCAUGAUUCUGACCAAAAUUGACUCGCUGUGUACGGAAGUCAAGGCUGACAUCAACAAGACCUUCCGGAGUAUUGCAGUGCACAAAGCUGUGACAAUGGCAAGAGAUAUAUUCGGCAUUUCCGAAGGAAAUAUCCACCCAGUCAAGAAUUAUGAACAGGAUAUCGAAAUCAAUAAGGGAACCAGCAUUUUUAUAUUGCUGGCACUAAGGCAGAUCUUACAGUAUGCAUCUGAUCAAAUAGAAGCCGUCAUGGAAGAUGAAAAAAAAGGUUGUAUUAUGUUCUAAACAUAUGACUGAUGGAAUUUAGACAAUAUUCACUAUAAGCGAAGGACUGCUUAUCAUAUUUCUUCUAUUGUUCGUGUUUACGUUUACAGUUUCAUAUAAUAUCCAUAUUUUUAAAACAUAGUUUAACAAAAUGUCUUUUUUUCCUCAACUAUUUCAGAAUCAUGUACUUGCAAAUGUUUUUGUAAGCAAUUUUAGAAAGAAACUAAUUAAACUUUUUAUUAAAACAUGUUAAACACUUGCACAAGAAUACUAUAUGAAUAAGGGUUUUCGCUAUUACUGCUGCUGCACUACAUGUAGAUAAUUCGUUUUAGAAAUGUACAGGAAGAAGUGAAUUUAAAUCUGCGAAAGAUUUUAGGUUUAAGAUAACUUUGAGACUGGAAAGUGAUCGGGUUGUUUUGCGUUGAAAUAUACCCGUACUUGUACAUUUUGCGUUUAAACUGACUUAAAGUAUUAUCUUAAAAAAAUCAAGAAAACAAUUCAAAAUCCACUGAGCGUAGUUGGGUACGUCAUAGUCUUUCCUCAUUUUUUUAUCGUGUAAAAUGGUCUAUGGAUUAUGCAUAGCAAUGUUCCAACUACUUUUUUUUUACUACAAGCGGAUGACAUGUCGAACUGUUUUCUGAAAUUGAAAUGACGGAUUCUUGAAAGGAAAGCCGAUUGUUAAUGCUAAAAAUGUUAAGUAAUGAUUUUCGAAAAAGGGAGCAGAGUGAAUAUCAUAAGAUGGCAUUGAAAUUGAAAUUCCAAAAUUUAUAUAUUAAAACGAUAUCUUGGACUACAGGGGGUUCAUUUUCUGAAACAUUUGGCCCACUGUCAGAAGAAGCAUUAACGGCAACAAACAGGCUUUAAAUCUAUCUAAAGAAAUUUACUGAGCUCCCAGUUAAGCGCACACUAGAGUUUUUGAUAACGUGUUUAUAUCUGUCGUAAAUUACGGGGAUAAACAAUUUUGGAAAAGUAGAAUUUAUCCAAGUACACUUUUGCAAGAAUAUUUUGGUGUUUCAUUACAAAAACAAAUUAGCUUAAUAUAUGGUGAAUUUGGCAGGAUACCACUCAAAUAUAGUUACAAAGUACUAAUUGAAAAUACUUAAAAUUGACACUAUAAUUUUUUUUAUUAUUAUUUUAAUUGGGUUUUACGGAGCACCAACACAGUAUAGGUUAUAUGGCGCCAAACAGGACUACAGAUUUUGGUUUCACAUCUCAUUUACAUCGAAAUAAAAACAUGAGGUAUGGGAUCCAAAUUUGCAUACCUGCUGGAAUCACAGAGUUACAGCAAAACUAAGUGUUAAGACUCUAUUAGUCGCCUCUUACGUUCACGCAAGAGUAAGGCAGUGGUUCCCAUUUAUUUCAUACACAGAUCGUCCCAGAACCAUAUGCCGCGACAAUAUAAAACACAACGAACAAAGAUAUAUUAUGCUAGAAAACAUUGGGGGAAAAACAACACCAAAAUAAAAACAACUUCAUAUUUUGGGGUUUGAUUACUAGUAUGUGUGUUUUUUCAAGAUUUAGGAAAUCUGUAAGUAAGCGAAAUUAUACAAAAAUAAAAGGACACCUUCAGUCAACUGUAAUGCAAAGGUGAAUAAUUUAACAUGUGCUUUUGUUGGACUGCUAACUUUCUAAUGAACUUAGGAUUCAAUACAUACAUAAAUAUUAUUGGACACGUGUUAUGUUAAAGCAGAAAAAUCAACAGUGACAAAAAAUAAACCGUCAAUGCAUUAAAAAACAUAAUACGUCUUCGCUAAAACUAUUUUGCGGUAUAAAAUCUUAUGCUCGAUAAAAAUACAACUUGUUAAUCCUGUUAUUAAUUAUUUUUCUUCACAAACAGUUGAUACAGCAUCUCUGUAGUUUUGUAUGAUUCAUUGUAGCGUCACAUCAACAAUAAUAUAAUGGAAUUCAGUUGAUCUUUCCAGCUUUUGAAAUAUGUGUAGUAUUAAACAUUUGCAUCGCCCCAUGCAUCUCACAGCUAGCAUAAAGUAUGGUACAAAACUACAUAUAUCAUGCAUUGUAAUAUACUUACCAUAACUGGCAAUUGUAUCAAUCAUUUCAAUGUGUACAUGUUAUUAUAAACGCAGAAGUUAUUUCGCAGUUAUUAUCGUAAACAAAUAAAGGACGUAAGUACGAAAGUUAAAAAGAAAAUCGUAAGGAAGGACAUAAGUGCGAAUGUUAAGAUAUUAAACAUUAACUUUAAUUCUAUAGAUCCGUCUAUAUAUGAUGGUGUCAAUUUAUAAACUUAUGCCUUUAUGUAAUUGUGUUAUGUUUUGAUAUCAUUACAUGUUGUAAACUUAUUUUAACAUUACCCUCUAUUUGAAUAAACUAUCUAACGUAGCUCA